AUGCCUCAAGAUACUCAUCAGCCUACCGAUCACAAGGAGUCUUUCUUCGAGAAGAUCCUCGACCACCACCACCACAAGCAUGGAAAUGAGGGCCCGGCCGCCGAGGACAAGCCAGAGGGCAGCAAGGGUGGGCUGCGGUCCGAACUGAAGAAGGAAGAGGGAGGCUUCAAGAAAUACCUCGAAGAGGAUAAGCAGCUCGAAGAAGAGGGUCAAACAUAUGGAGGUUUGAUGUAA